UUUCGGCUUUGAAGAUUUUUCCUGACAAACUCGAAUUUUUCUAUCGUGAUCAUUUCAUUUCUAUAGCCUUUUCGCCCGCCAUCUUGGAGUGAUGCACUGAAAAUCUUGCCUAAAAUGAAGUUUACGAUACAAGAGAGCUGCGGGAGAUUGCAUGAUUUUGUAUUUACAAGAGAAAAGCUUGGACAAGAAGUUUUAGACAAGGUUUGCGACGAACUAAAGAUCAAAGAGAAGAACUACUUUGGUCUAAAGUACUGUGUGAACGACACAAAUGUCUGGUUGAACCUCAGAAAUCCAGUAUUGACUCAGUUGAGGCCCCAUCUCCCAGGAAAACCUUAUCGACUUCGUCUUGAAGUAAAGUUUUUUGUCGCUCCUAAAGAACUACAGCAAGAAGAAACGAGAUGGCAGUUCUAUUUCUGCCUCAAGAACCAGAUCUCCGAAGGCAAAUUCAAUUUAACACGCGAGAAGGCGGUGAGGCUUUGUGCUUUAAUGGCUCAGUCUGAAUACGGAGAUUACAGCAGCGAACCGAGAGCGAAUCCGGAGUUCCUUUCACCUUGGCCUAGAAAAGAGAUGGAGAUAGAAGUUACCAAGCUACAUAUGGCUCUCGAAGGCAUCGAUUCUAUCUCAGCUAGGAAUCUCUUCUUACAAGAGAUGUCCAGAGAAGAACUCUACGAUUCAGAGACCUUCAAAGCUAAAGCUGCAGGAGAUAAAAUCGUUGUUGCAGUUGGGAGCUGUGGCCUCAAAAUUUAUGAGCGCAAAUCACACGGGAAAAUCAAGCAAACGAUCUGCUUUGAGAGUAUUACAAAGAUGAAUCUGUCAGAGAAUCGACUUAUUCUGGUAAUGAAGAAACCCAUCGAGGAAAGCAGAUAUAACUUCGUCCACUUCUUCCUUCCUAACAGCGAGGGUGCCAAAGCAAUGCACAAAGCAGUACUAGAGCAUCAGCUCUUCUAUUACUCCCCUAAGGUCCGCAGAUCUGUCAUCGACCAUUACCUACUCUCUAUGCCGUGUUGGGCCUUGCCUGCAAAAUGGUUCACCAAGAUUCCAACUAAAGAGCUGUAUCACCUAGACGUCAAACUAACAAGGCGUCAAUCACAUGACCGUCACUACGACAGCCUCGUCCACAAGAAAGAACAAGUGGUCAAGCAAGAGUGGAUGCCGAAAUGCUCUAAGUGUAAUGUUAAUGACUGUGAUACCCUGUUCUGUCCUUGUGGACAUCUCAUGUUUUGCAGCAGGUGUGCAGAUAACAUGAAGUUCUGCCCCUUGUGUAAUGAAUCAGUCAAUGGCAAUCAAAAGAUCUAUUUUGCUAUGGACACAAGCUACAAUGAUCUGACCUGCCAGAUUUGUAUGGAUGCUGAAGUGAACACGGCCUUCUGUCCCUGUGGACAUGUCUACUGUUGCCAAACAUGUGCAUCUAAUCUGUACUAUUGUCCCCUGUGUAAGACUUUUAUUACGUUUGUGCAGCGGAUUCACGUUCAAUUCCCAUGUGAGACAUUGGAAGAAGAGAGUUUUGGAAAUCCUGGAAAUGCUGUCAUGGUUAGCUAACUUUUACAAAAAAAUCUGACAGUUGAAACAAGGCCUCUUAAAACAAACUGUUAAUUUAUACUUAAUCUUAAGGGAGAUAAUAUUGUAGUUGUUUGAUUUAUUACAAACGGUGAUAUCAAACAAUUUACAGAGCUGGUUGAAAAAAAUAUUAAUAAACUAGAUAUUGUAUAAUAGUACAAUUAUUAGAAGAUGGAUUAUGUUGGUGUAUAGAUUUUCAACAAAUGUUUAUUUGUUGAUGUAGAUAUUGUAGCUUUGCAUGUGAAUAGAAAUACAGGUCAGUAUAUAUUUUUGAAAUAGUCCAAGAAAGUUAUAGAGUAUUUAGGUUUGAAUCCACAUAGAAAUAUGCUUACAUAAAUAAAUAGAGGAACCUAUUAUAAAUCUUUGACAGAGGCUAUUGUUUGUAAUGCUAGAUGGCUAAAGGUCAUCUGAGUUUUAAGUUUGGUUUUUGCUCUGUGAGCAAAUCUAUUUGUAUAGUGGUCAAAUAGAUUGGAGUCCUGUUAAUUAUUAAAGCAUUCCCAGAAAAAUUGUAUUAAGAUUGUAUUAAGUACCAACAAGAUUGUAAUUUUUCUAAGUAAAUGUAAUUUAUGUUUAA